AUGAAGCUCAAGACUCGCAUCACUUGGCCUCCGCAAUACCAAGAGGUGAUCGAGAGCGUUUUUGCCUUUCCUUUCACAAUUUGUAUCGGCUAUGGCUCUAGCCUUAUUAAGGCGCAUCGUUAUCGUUUGUCUACUGCUGUCCGGGUGAACUCGCAGGUCAAGGUUGGCGAGACAGCGGUGUUCCGCUGUGACGUCACGACAGACCCGAGCCAGCAGCUGAGCGUGAAGUGGUUCUUCAACGACGAACCAGUCGACUUCGGCGCUGAUCCCCGCCUGGUACUUGAGCGUGACAACUCGUUCACUAUCACGCGAACCGUCAAGACCGACUCCGGUGUGUACGCGUGCGUGGCGAUAACGGCAGUGGACAGCGACCGAGCGAGCGCUACGCUCGUUGUUUUGGAUGUUCCUGAACCCCCGGAGAUAGAAAGCGUUAGCUGCGACGGUCUCUCGGCGCAAGUCAAGUGGACAUCCCGGGAUGACGACCGCAGCACCACGCCGGUCCUGUUCUUCUCAGUCCAGUACACUACGAACCACAAGCGUGGCUCGUGGGACUACGUCGCUACGCAUAUCCCAGCGAGCGACAGGGAGUGGAGAGUGUCGCUACGUCCCAGGACCAUUUACAAGUUCCGAGUAUUGGCGCACAACAAGGUCGGGUCGUCGCCGCCUUCCGAGCCUUCGCGGGUGCGGUGUGGCACCAAUACGGACGUUCCCGGCAAGAACCCCGAACGUGUGACUGCCCGUUGGGACGACUCGGGCGACCUAGUCGUCUCGUGGAAGCCCAUGCCGCCCGAAGAGCACUACGGACCCGAUUUCGCGUACAUGGUGCUGUACCAUGCCGACUUCCCGAGUGCCAUGAGCUGGAGCGGAACACUGGUCACGGACUGGACUGAAAAUAAGUUGGCACUGAAAGGUCUGCGCAAGGACUUUACAUACCGCAUCAGGGUGGAGGCGCACAACGUGCAUGGAAAAGCAAGGGUUGCCGCCAAGGAUCUUCUCGUCAGCCCGGCUGACAAGGGGCAGCGCACGAAGACCAAGUUAUAUAGUAUCGUAGAUAUGGUAACUUUCGUCCUGGCUGUCAUGCCUGAAUUCGUCGCGGGAAUGUGGCGACAGACAUAGUGUGUCCAGGAAGCAAUGUGAGGUCUGUCGCCGUUCACUUUGAAGCUAUUAGGCUGUUCGCCCCACCCUUAGCGUGCAUCGCAGCGAAUUCAAAUAAACUCAAAUGAAUUCAGUUUCGUUGUUUCUGAAUUGUCUCAACACCAAAAUGUUUAGAACCGCGGACAAACGGUUUGUGUAGCUUUACGUGACUCCUCUUCUACAAGGCAGAGCACGAGUGGUGUUACAUAAUCAUGAAUCACAGUUUCAGCAUGAAGUAAGGGAAAUACGUAUUGCACAUAUGGAACACGCACAUGAAAAAUUAUGAAAGUGAGGCAGAGGUUUUAAGAACAGAAAGUAACAACCCUUCACUUCCGAUUGCAUGUAUUACGUAAGUGAAAUAACCAUUGUUUAGUUUGCAAUUCGACAAAUACGCAGUAACAAGAAACACACUUUUAUUUAAAUUUUGGGGGAACACAUAAGAAAAGAAACCUGCCAUAAUAAAUGUUAUAAAAUGUCAAGACAACAGGGUAAUCUGAACCACGACGGAAUGAGUAAGUUUUCCUCUAUUCAAAUUCCUCAUAAAAUUAGCGGUUCCCUCUAUUGCCCUAUCCAAUCAAGCAUUACUGCCGAAAUUUAGGGCAAAUGUGACUGUAUGCUUGCCUCAUGAUGUGCCAGUCCACAGGUCUUUUUCUCUUUAGUUCUUUUUCCCUCG